AUGGGUGUAGUUCUCCGAAACCUCCAGAAGGUGGUGCCCAUUCGCCGCGCCAGGCUCCGCAGAGACGUGGAUACCCUGAGGCACAUCCUGGGGGUGCAGAAGUUUGACCUGGGGGUGGUCUGUGUGGACAACCUCCGCAUUCAGCAAAUCAACAGGAUGUACCGGAAGAAGGACCUGCCCACGGACGUCCUGUCAUUCCCCUUCUAUGAGGACCUCAGACCCGGGACGCUGCCGAGUCCUUUGCACCGGGACGAGCUGAACCUCGGAGACAUUUUCCUCGGAGUCGAGUUUGUGAUGAAGCAAAGUCAAGAAGAGGCUUUAGAUUUCCACAGCGCGCUAACGACAGUCACGGCUCAUGGUAUCUGUCACCUUCUCGGGUAUCGGCACGAAACAGACGAAGAGUGGACCGAGAUGUCUCAGAGAGAGAACUACAUCGUGGAUGAGUUCUUCAGACUCACAGGACGCAGACUACAGCCGCUCAUGAGGAGGUGCAGCUCAUGA